AUGGGCAAGAAUCAGAGUGGUGCUGUGACUGAGUUCAUUCUGGCAGGCUUCCCCACUCUUCACAGCAUGCAAACUGAGCUCUGUUCGAUAUUCCUGCUAGUGUACCUGCUGACCCUAAUGGGCAACAUGGUGAUUAUAAGUGUGGUAGGAGUUGAUCCUCGCUUGCAGACUCCUAUGUACUUUUUCCUGGGGAACCUGUCAUGCCUGGAGAUCUUGAUUACUUCUGUGAUUAUUCCUAAGAUGCUGACUAACUUCUUUUCAGGUCAGCAUACCAUCUCUUUCACUGCUUGCAUUACUCAAUUCUAUUUCUACUUCUGCCUUGGAGCUUCUGAGUUCCUGCUACUGGCUAUCAUGUCUGUGGAUCGUUACCUGGCUGUCUGUCAUCCCUUGAGAUAUCCCAUACUGAUGCGUGGGGCCAUAUGCUUACGAUUGACUCUGGUCUGCUGGGCAGGAGGCCUUCUCCCUGUGCUUGGUCCUACAGUGGUUGUAGCCUUGCUUCCUUUUUGUGGCCAGGAUCUGGUGAUCCAACACUUCUUUUGCGACAGUGGCCCCUUGCUUCGCCUGGCAUGCACCAACACCAAACAACUGGAAGAGGCUGAUUUUGCUCUGGCCUCAGUGGUCAUCAUAGUCUCCCUUUUGCUUACUGCCACUUCCUAUGGUCACAUUGUUUUGGCUGUCCUUCGAAUACCCUCAGCCUCAGGCCGACAGAAGGCCUUCUCUACCUGUACCUCCCACUUGAUGGUAGUCACACUCUUCUAUGGAAGUGCCAUCUUCCUCUAUGUCCGACCAUCACAAAGUGGUUCUGUUAGCACAAACUGGGCAGUGACAAUAGUGACUACUUUUGUGACACCACUAAUGAACCCUGUCAUUUACACCCUUCGAAAUGAACGAGUGAAGGUAGCCUUAAGGGAUAUGCUUAAGAAGGGGCUAACAGCUUGUUCUGGGCAUCUCUGA